GAUUAUAUGAUGCAUAAGCAUAACAGCAUAACGCCGAUUUCAGCGCAGUGGUGGUUUACUCCGUCCAUUUUCGAGUUCCUGAGUUAUAAUAGUGCCCUAGCCUACGCCGAGUUCCCCGUCUCUCCGUCCUCGAGAUAUCGUCGUCGGCUCUUCCUCUGAUUCGCGAACUCUUCGACUCGCCCCCAAAAUUGGGCUUCUUGCUUCGCGUCUUUCUCCCUCUGUGAGUUAACUAGCUGCCAUUGCUUUUGAACCACUAGGAUCUACAGAUAUUCUAUUCUACGACUUACCUUUUGUUUCUGAGGUUUUGGCUUGGAAACGAUAUGGCCAGCCUUUCUGGGCUCGGCAGUUCAUCAGCUGCUAAUCCGAAUCCAAACAAGUCAUUCGAGGUGCUUCCCUCCCCUAGUGAUUCUGUUUCCAGCCUCACUUUCAGUCCAAAAGGAAAUUAUAUGGUGGCUACUUCUUGGGAUAAUCAGGUUAGAUGUUGGGAAAUUCUUGCAGGAAGCAGCCAACCAAAGGCAUCAAUAUCACAUGACCAGCCGGUUUUAUGUUCGACUUGGAAGGAUGAUGGGACCACUGUAUUUUCAGGUGGCUGUGAUAAACUGGUCAAAAUGUGGCCUUUAAUGUCUGGUGGCCAACCAACUCAAGUUGCUGCUCAUGAUGAACCUAUCAAAGAGAUUGCUUGGAUUGAGCAGUUGAAGUGCCUUGUUACUGGGAGUUGGGACAAAACUCUAAGGUACUGGGAUACUAGGCAAGCACAGCCAGUUCAUACUCAGCAACUUCCUGAAAGAUGCUAUGCUCUAACUGUGCGGUAUCCUUUGAUGGUUGUUGGCACUGCAGACAGAAAUCUCAUAGUUUUUAAUUUACAAAAUCCUCAGGCAGAGUUUAAGAGAAUUGUAUCUCCUCUCAAGUACCAAACAAGAUGUCUUGCUGCAUUUCCAGAUCAACAAGGGUUUUUGGUUGGAUCCAUAGAGGGACUUGUGCAGUUUGUAGAUUGUGUGUGGUUGGGUUUGGUCGGUGAAGCCGGGUGGUUGUCUCAUAUAGAUGUCGUCAGGCAGAUCUCCGUGUAA